AGAUUUCCUGUUCCACUCAGUGAGAGAGAAUGUGUGUAUGACUUCAAACUUUAAGCGUAGCCCCAUGUGAGAGCUUUUCAAAACGGAGAGGCCGCCAAGAGAAGAACAUGACGGAAGUAUACGCUUUGUAAUGCCUUGUUGAACGGGUGAAACGGCGGAGUCUGGGCUUUAUCGACUCGAGAAAUUAAUGAGAAGACGAGGAUUAUUUGACAGUCUUCAGAUGGAGCGAGUUUGUCUUUCCGCUUUUUGGUAUGGACUGCUAGUGCUAAGCGGCUGUGUCCUCAUCGACUUAGCAGAUGGUGUGGCGAUCGGGAGAUUUAGGCGAUUUUGCAAAUUCUGUGAUCUGAGGGAGUCCACCUGCACUGACACGGGUUCCUGUGCCUCACAGUGUAAUCUCACUUCAGUCUGCGACACUGAUGAAGUCUGCGCCAGUAUCUGGAGGAGGAAAGAUGACAACGUGACCAUCGACACAUUCUGCCACAACCCGGCGCACCGACUGCACGGAGUUCUGCUGGACGACUACAACAAGAGCAAGUGUGAGAUGAAGGAGCUGAAGAGUGACCAGCCGGGCGCCCAGAUCUACAUGUGCUCCUGCAGAGAGGACGACUGCAAUGACCACGUCUUCUUCCCAGGAAGCAUUAGUCAUGACAACCCUGUUGUCCCUGACUCAACGGGGGAUACAGUGGAUACACCACCAAUGAGACGUCCACCAGUACAAACGGCUCCAGACGGCCGGGUGAGUGUUCGUAGGCUGUGUAAGUUCUGUGACGUGCGACCGACCACCUGCAACAGCACCGACAGGAGCUGCCACAGCGAGUGUGAAAUCACGUCCAUCUGUGCCGACUUCAACGAAGUCUGCGUUGCCAUCUGGAGGAGGAAAGAUGACAACGUGACCAUCGACACAUUCUGCCACAACCCGGCGCACCGACUGCACGGAGUUCUGCUGGACGACUACAACAAGAGCAAGUGUGAGAUGAAGGAGCUGAAGAGUGACCAGCCGGGUGCCCACAUCUACAUGUGCUCCUGCAGAGAGGAGGAGUGCAACGACCACCUCUUCUUCCAUGCACCUCCUGACCCAAAGGACUUCCAGGUGGUGUUUGUGAUCCUGGUGAGCCUGGUCCCGCUGCUGGCGCUGGCCGUGUGCGUGAUCGUCAGCUUCUACGUCUACCGGGUGGGACGGCAGCGGAAGCUGUGGGACGCGUCCGGCGUGGCCCGGCCCAAGCGCAAGGGCAAGGACUUCAGCGAGCACGCCAUCAUGCUGGACGACGAGCACUCGGACAGCAGCUCCACGCACGCCAACAGCCUCAACCACAACACCGAGCUGCUGCCCAUCGAGCUGGACGCCCAGGUGGGCAAGGGCCGCUUCGCCGAGGUCUACAAGGCCAAGCUCAAGCAGGGCGCCUCCACCACCGGCGAGCCCUUCCAGACGGUGGCCAUCAAGAUCUUCCCCAGCGAGGAGUACCUGUCCUGGAAGAACGAGAAGGACAUCUUCUCCGACGCCGACCUCCGCCACGAGAACGUGCUGCUCUUCCUGACGGCCGAGGAGCGCAAGCUGGACAAGCAGUACUGGCUCGUCACCGCCUACCAGCCGCUGGGCAACCUGCAGGAGUACCUGACCCGCCACGUGGUGAGCUGGACCGAGCUGCGCUCGCUCGGGGGGUCGCUGGCGGACGGCGUGGCGCACCUGCACAGUGACCGCACGCUCUGCGGCCGGCCCAAGGUGCCCAUCGUCCACAGGGACCUGAAGAGCUCCAACAUCCUGGUCAAGGGAGACCUCACCUGCUGCCUGUGCGACUUUGGCCUGGGCCUGCGGCUGGACAACUCGCUGUCGGUGGACGAGCUGGCCAAUAGUGGACAGGUGGGAACAGCCAGGUACAUGGCCCCAGAGGUGCUGGAGUCGCGCAUCAACCUGGAGAACACAGAGUCCUUCAAGCAGACAGACGUCUACUCCAUGGCCCUGGUGCUCUGGGAGAUCACCUCACGAUGUGACGCAAUAGGAGAGGUGAAAGAGUACGAGCCUCCGUUCGGUAAGGUGCGGGAGCACCCGUGUGUGGAGAGUAUGAAGGACAGUGUGCUCAGAGACCGAGGGAGGCCGGAGAUGCCCAGCAGCUGGUCCAACCACCCGGGCAUUCAGUGUGUGUGUGGCACCAUCGAGGAGUGCUGGGACCACGACCCCGAGGCGCGGCUGACCGCCCAGUGUGUGGCCGAGCGCUUCAACGACAUGGACGAGCUGGACAAGCUGUCGGAGCGCAGCGUCUCCCAGGAGAAGAUCUCGCAGGACUGCUCCGUCAGCGACGACAAGUAGACGCACGCACGCCCCCUGCUGGAGGGGCUGGGACACAGCAACGCCAAAUAAAUAAAAAACUCCAUCACCCAUCAUCCAUCAGCGCCCUGCUACGCAAGUCCACUCCCACAGGACUUCACUCACUCUCUCACUCACUCAGCCUGGUUCACAUGCCCGACUCUGUCUCUACGCAUGUGACUACGCAGAGGAGUCUCCCACAGACCGGCUUUUUCUUCCGCGUUUCAGUUGGAGUUGAAACUGAACCACCUUCAAAACCCGACCAGGCUUCUCGGGAAAGGAUAGCGGAGAACUGUUGGCCUCUGCUUUUUGAAAAGCCUUUGGAAACGGUGCUGGCCUGAACAGAGAGACAUCCAAACGUCUUCCAAACUAAAAUCAGUUUUGCACUUUAUUCCCAAUCAGUACUUAUGCAUACCACAUAAUACCGCAUACCGACAGUACAAGCAGCGUUUUAAUAGGCUGUAUAGGAGACCAUUUUCGCUGUGACAACAGCCAAUAUGUUUUAACACUAAUGAUUAGGGGGUCUGUGCAUAUGCUGCCAAGGUUUUUAAUCAGCUGUAGAUAAUUAUUCGUGUGCUUUAAGGAACAAGAGGGAUUGGAGCUUGCAGCUUUAUUAAAUGAAAAAAGAGGGGGGGGGGGGGUAAUCAUUGAAGCACAAAAUGAAAAAAGUAACAAAGUGAAUUGAAGCCUGCAGAGCUAAGAGUAAAGAGUGCCUUUUACGCAACCGGAAUGCAGAAUAGCCAAAGUAAGCUAAAGACGGGAGAGUCUUGACAGCUUUAUCAUACCAAAGUCAGAGCUUAAGGACGUCCUUCGCUAAAGGAGACAUAUCCUAAAAGUUUUAUUCAGAGGACAAUUAUUCCACAAGGACAUUCACAGUAAAGAAAAGGGAAGGGCUGAGUGAUAUGGACACUAUACUGCGGCCCGAGAGACGACUGGAGACUGAAAGAGCUCCAGACAUCCUUGUUCACGUGACUGUCAUCCAGGAAUCCUCUGCUGAUCCACAGAAGCUCUGGAUUUCCUAAGACAACGAGACUGACCAGUCUUCCUGCCUUAUCUGUCUGCCACAUGAUACAGUAUGUGAAUGCUUUUGAAAUGUACAGUUUAUAAGGAAACUAUUAAAAGUAUAUAC